AUGGGCGGCGGCGGCAAAAUUCCAUAUCCCAAACACGUUUGGUCCCCAGCCGGAGGAUGGUACUCGCAACCCGGUAACUGGAAAGCGAAUACGGCGAUUAUGAUGACGGUCAUUGUGGGUAUUACAGCUGGCAUGUGGAAAUUAAGCGCGGAGAGGGAAUAUAGAACAAAGUUUCCGGAGGAGGGAAGCUGGAGUAAACAAAUCAAAGAGCACGAAGCAGAGAAGCAGAAGAGCAUUACUGAUCGUGUGAUCGAAAAGGUUGCUGGAAACUGA